AUAAUAUUUAAAUUACUUGGGUUUCCAACCAAUAUGUCCUCCAUCAAAAGACCAGGCUACGAUCACUUGCUAAAACUGAUCAUCAUCGGUGACUCCAGUGUAGGCAAAACGUGCAUUUUGCUGAGAUUCUCUGAAGAUAAUUUUCCGACGACCCACAUGCCCACAAUCGGAAUCGAUUUCAAGAUUAAGUCUAUUAACGUAGAGGGACAAGUUGUAAAGCUCCAAGUGUGGGAUACCGCCGGACAGGAAAGAUUUAGAACCAUCACCCAGACUUAUUACAAGGGUGCCAUGGGCAUUAUCCUCGUAUAUGAUUGCACUGAAGAAAAAUCUUUCUCUAAUAUUUCCAACUGGAUGAAGCAGAUCGAACAACAUGCUUCCAAGGAUGUCGCUAAGGUUCUAGUAGGAAACAAGGCUGAUAAGGAAGACAAAGUUAUCGAUACUGAAACAGGAAAGCAACUUGCUGACGAGUACGGUUUAGAUUUCUUCGAGACCUCUGCUAAGACUGGUUUGAAUAUUCCAGAGUUAUUCGAUAGCAUUGCCAGAACUAUUAUCAAGGACAAGAAAAAGGCUCCAUCAACAUCUGGUAGCACCAGGGAAGGUACCCUUACAAUCGGAGGAAAAGGAAAAGAAGGAGGUAAAAAGGAUAAAAGUGGAUGCUGUUAACUCAGAUUUCCAUAAUUCAAGAAUAUUAAUCUCAUAUGAUUAGUAAUGAUUUCAUUUACCAAAUUCUCGGGC